ACGACCAGUGUUCCGUAUUUUCUCAGUUUCUUACUCCUCUUCCAUGGAGAUCGACCUUGACAUCUCCCGGUGGAUCCUCGAGUUCCUCCUCCGGCAGCCCCGCCUCGACGACGGCGCCGUCAAGCUCGCCCUCGCCGUCCUCCCCCUCCCCGACGCCGACCUCCGCCUCAAGAAGUCUGUCCUCCUCCGCUCCAUCCAGUCCGAGGUCGACGCCGCCUCCGUCUCCGAGGAGACCCUCGACGCCCUCGAGGCCAUCGAGGAGGUGGACCGGACGACGGCCGCCGGCGGCGGCGGCGGAUCCCCGCCCACCGUCUCCGACGCCAUGCGGGAGGCGUACCGCGCCGUCGCCGUGGAGUGCGCCGCCAGGUUCCUGCACGGGCGGGUGGACGAGGGGGGCGAGUAUUCCCGCGCCGUGGAGAGGAUAUGGCAGGGGAGGGUUCGGCGGAUGGAGGAGUCGGCGGUCAAGAGCGGGCUCCUCUCGCCGGAGCUGCUCCGGUGGGGUCGCCGCGUCGAGGCGGCGAUGCGCGAUGGGGGGGAGCGCGAGAGCGUGCUGGCGAUGAACACGAGGGGCGAUGCUUUCAGGUCGGUUAGGGCGUAUUUGGGCGAGGCGUGGGAGAGGAUGGGCCCUUCUUUCCUUGAGGUGGCGGCGAGCCGGAUGGCGGAGGAUAAUCCGUGUAGAGAACUGGUUGUCACGAGCGGCCGGGUUGAAUCCCAUGCUGGCGAACGCGAUGAUUUGCCCGACGUUAGAGCGAGUGCCGGUCUGAAUAGCGAAAGGCCGGCUGUAAGGAUAGAAGAUGAUGGGGAAAUGCCUGAAACGUUGAGGCCGGAUAAGGGAUUGAUCAAAAGAAAGCAGCUUGCCCGCCAUAGGCGAUCCAAAGUGGGAGUUAAGAUCAUCCAUGAUAAUGGGGAAACUGGAAGAGAUGUUGCAUCGCGUACCAGAUUUGAUACGGUCCCUUCACCUGAUGUUAAUAGAGUUCAAGAGGCACUCAAAUCUAGUUCUAUGGAGCUGCGAGCGGCAGUCGCGGACCCACUUCCUGAUGCGAUACGGUUGGCCGACUCCCUUGUCGAAAUGCUGCUGGAUCAUCUAUGAAUUUUGAGUGUGCAGAAGCACAGAUUAGGGAAGAUGUUAAUGCAUCCGAUGCCUCCGCCGAGCAGAAUGUUGGGCCUGUUCCAGGCGGUGAAGAAAAUCAUGUCAACCAGUCAACCAGCCAUCAGAAUAAGCAGUGUAAACCUAGUUUGUUUGAGAGGAACACCUCUGCUCGUACCUAUGAGUGGGAUGAUUCAAUAGAAGGCUCCCCUGAAGAACCUUUGGGCUCGGAUAGGGUUCAAUUACCCAGCCCAAGAAGAAGUGCUGUUUCUCCAUUGAGGAAGCCAUUGACUCGGAGUUUGAAAGUUUCUGGACGGAGAAAAGUAAAGAGAUGGAGUUUGGAGGAAGAAGAAACUUUGAGGAAUGGUGUCCAGAGGUUCGGCAAAGGAAAUUGGAAGCUCAUCCUACACUGCUACCGCCAUAUUUUUGAGGAGAGAACUGAGGUGGACCUGAAGGACAAAUGGAGGAACAUGAACCGAUAUUGAAGUGCAAGUAGUUGGUGUUUCAACCAGUGCUGGAGAGGCUUGCCGGCCUUGCUGGUGCAGAAGUCUGUCUAACAUAAUUGUUUUAACAAUUCGUAGUGGUGUCUAUGUCCAUUUCGAUUGUCAAAAACCUUCCUCAAAGCUAGUUUGUGCGCAUGAAGUACGUCAAGUGUACAUUGGUAGAAUAGGAUGUACACAGGUGUAGUUACUCUUGAGGGCCUUGAAGAACCUGGAAUAAUGAGAAAGGUUGUUUCCUCAUGAA